AUCACUAGUCAAAGCAGAAAAAAAACCGAGUUUGUCAUCACCAUCACCAUCUCUCGUUAUUAUUAUUAUUAUUAUUGUCACCAGUUAGGAGUCCAUUUGUACUAUCCAAACCAAAAAUGUAUAUAUAAAAACUGGUUUCUCCAUCCAGCCAUCACAUUCAGUGAUCUUGUCUAUUUAACUUUUUUUUCCCUGUGUAAUAUUCACACAACUUGUUUAUAAUAACCAUCGAUAUAAAAUAGGUUUUUAGCUCUUAGCUUGAACAAGAAAACAAAAAUCAUUCGACUCUUCUUGAUUCAUUCAAUCAAUUAUUUUUGUACAUUUUAUUUUCUAUUCGACGUGUCGUUUGUGACGUUAAUCUUGGCGAUUUCCUGUUAGAAAACACUGUUUUUUUUCUUGCUCAUUCAUUCAAUCAAUCGUACAUUCGGUUGCUAUUAGAUUAACAACAACAACAAAAAUUUUUCGCUUUUGUUUUAGUCAAAUUUCAUUUCGAAAUUAAAAUAUUAUCAAAAAAUCAACGAAAAAAUGGCCGAUCAAAAAAUCAAAUGUGGACCAGUUGUCGAAAUGCAAGGCGAUGAAAUGACACGUAUCAUCUGGGAUCUAAUCAAAGAAAAAUUAAUCUUACCAUUUAUCGAUGUUGAGCUUCAUUUCUAUGAUUUAAGCAUUCAAAAUCGUGAUAAAACCGAUGAUCAAGUGACAAUCGAUGCCGCCAAUGCUAUACUCAAGUAUAAUGUGGGUGUAAAAUGUGCCACUAUUACACCGGAUGAGAAACGUGUAGAAGAAUUUGGUCUUAAAAAAAUGUGGAAAUCACCCAACGGAACCAUUCGUAAUAUUCUUGGUGGUACAGUAUUCCGUGAGCCAAUCAUCUGUAAGAAUAUUCCUCGUUUGGUCACCAAUUGGAACAAACCGAUUGUGGUUGGUCGUCAUGCUUAUGGUGAUCAAUAUCGUGCCACUGAUUUCGUUGUGCCUGGUAAUGGAAAAUUGGAAAUCAAAUUUGUACCAGCUGAUGGUUCGGCACCGAUCACUCAUGAAGUUUUUGAAUUCAAAGAUGGUGGUGGAGUUUCCUUGUCCAUGUAUAACACCGAUAAAAGUAUUCAUGAUUUUGCCCAUUCUUCGUUGCAAUAUGCUCUUCAGCGAAAAUAUCCGCUUUAUUUGAGCACCAAGAAUACUAUUCUCAAAAAGUAUGAUGGCCGAUUUAAGGACAUUUUCCAACAGAUUUAUGAUCAACAAUAUAAAACUAAAUAUGAAGCUGCCGGCAUCUGGUAUGAACAUCGUCUCAUCGAUGAUAUGGUAGCUCAGGCUAUGAAAUCUGAAGGUGGAUUUGUAUGGGCUUGUAAAAAUUAUGAUGGAGAUGUUCAGAGUGAUUCAGUGGCUCAAGGCUACGGAUCAUUGGGAAUGAUGACAUCGGUGUUGAUAUGCCCAGAUGGUAAAACAAUUGAAUCUGAAGCGGCUCAUGGUACGGUCACCCGUCAUUAUCGUAUGCAUCAAGAUGGUAAAGAAACAUCUACCAAUCCUAUAGCAUCGAUCUUUGCUUGGUCUCGUGGACUUUUGCAUCGAGCAAAAUUAGAUUCAAAUCAACCACUUGCAGAUUUUGCUGAAAAACUUGAAAAAAUAUGUGUUGAAACCAUUGAAAGUGGUUUCAUGACAAAGGAUUUGGCACUUUGUGCUAAAGCUGGUAAUAUCACUCGUGGUGAUUAUCUUAACACUUUUGAAUUUUUGGACAAACUUGCCGAUAAUCUGCGCAUUAAGCUAGGAAAAAAUUAAAAUUUCAAUAAAUUCGUCUCUAUUUAUGUUGACAAAUGUCAAUUUUGAACACUGUCAAAUUAACAAAUUGAAAUUCAUCCCGGUCCUAAGUACUUAAUUGUCAUAUUCAUUCAAAAAAAAAAAAUUCAUUCAAAAGACCAAAUAAAUUUAAACGUUUAUUACUA